AUGCCGAGAUACAAGGCAGCAUCUGGGGGCACCAUCAUGGAGCCUGCUCUGACUGGAGGAAAGUACCCUAUAGCGUCUGGUUGCUCCAAGCCACAGCACAGGUUCUUCAUAGCCUUUCUGACUAUUCAGUUGUCUGCUCCUGAAAAAAUGCCCCAAAGAAAAGGCCUGGAGAAUCACACCGGUGGAUCUGGAUUCAUUCUUCUGGGAUUUUCUGACCACUCCAGCCUGCAGGGCUUGUGUUUCACAGUAUUCCUGGUCAUCUACCUCAUGGUCCUCACAGGGAACAGCCUGAUUGUGCUCAUCACAGUGGUGGGCUCAAGCCUCCACAGCCCCACGUAUUUCUUCCUGAGGAACUUGUCCUUCCUGGAGAUCUGCUACACAACAGUCACUCUGCCAAAAAUGCUGGUGGGGUUCCUGCUGGAGGAUGGCAGGAUCUCCUUCCUUGGCUGUGCUGCCCAGCUGUAUUUCCUGGUUUUCCUGGGCAGCAUUGAGUGCCUUCUGGCUGUCAUAGCCUACGACCGCUACAUAGCCAUCUGUGACCUCCUGCACUAUCCCCUCCUCAUGAGGAGGGGUCUCUGCAUCAGACUGGUGGUGGGGUUGUGGGUGGCUGUCGUACCAGUGCAAGUAGGACAGACCUACCAGGUGUUCACUUUGCCCUUCUGUGCAUCCCAUGACCUUCAUCACUUUUUUUGUUAUGUGCCCCCUGUGCUGGAGCUGGCCUGUGCAGACACGUACUGGAACCAAGUGACGCUGUACACCAUCAUCCUGGUAUUUGCAAUCUUUCCCUUCUCCUUAAUAGUUAUUUCUUACAUUAAAAUUAUCAGGACAAUUCUGAAAAUACCUUCAGUUCUGCACAGACACAAAGCCUUUUCCACCUGUUCCUCACACCUCGCGGUGGGGACACUCUUCUAUGGCUCGGCCACAGUCAUCUACUUAAAGCAACGGUCAAGGGAUUCCAUAGACACCGACAAAUACCUUGCCCUGUUUUACACAAUUGUGACCCCAAUGUUUAACCCUGUCAUCUAUAGCCUGAGGAAUAAGGAAGUGAGAAUUGCCUUGAAGAGACUCCUAUGGGCUAUGUGGAUUUCUGUCACCUACAGCAAUCAUUUCCUUCUUGUCCCAGAUACAUGUUGUGGUCCCCAUGUCCUGGACCACUUCUUCCUUGUGGGGGUGAAACACUGGAACAGGCUGUCUUCCCCUUCCUGUUCAUGCUGGAAUGCUGUGUAUGCAUCAGAGCUGCACUUGGGGGUAGCUCUCCUGCCCAGCAUGGGCAGGCAGAAGGCCUUCUCCACCGUCUCCUCUCACCACACUGGAGCCACUCCUUUCUACGGCACCCCCAACACUUCUCCUUAUAGCCAGGUUGUUGACAGCCGGGCUGAAGAAGUGCACGAUGUGGUGGGUCGGAAGCUGUCUGAAUGA